AUGCAUCCAGCCUUGUUGUUUGUCGUUUUCAGCCACGUUGCAUUCGCCUCGUUGGCUUUAGUUGACUUGGACGCACCAUCGUUCUCAUCUCACUAUAGCACUCUCAAGCCUGCAACGAGACAUCGCAGUCUUUCCGCUCGAAACAAUGACUUCUCCUUCGGGCAGAAGGUCGAGCUUGCCUACGCAGAUCACUAUACGGGUGGACCGGUCAUGUCGUCUCACAUCCACCUUGAGGCUGAUCGACCAACCCUCCUCUUGGAAGACUUUGAUCAUCAUCUGACAAAAGUUGAAUGCCAUGGUUCAAAGAUGAGUGUCAGUGUGCGGAGCGGACAAUCGUACAGAAUGGCUAAAGACGCAUGUACAUCUUUGGUCGGUGGACUACUCAUAUCUUCACAUCACACUUGCGGAGACAAUGGUGCACACACAAUUCAUAGGGUUAUCAAUGUCUCUUUUGACGACAAGUCCUCUACGAUUGUACUUGACCUUGAAGAAAGCAUCAUUGAGAAGGAAUUUCAUACCGUCACGAUUAGUUUUGGUCAAACUGACAAGCAUUAUAUUAUCCACAAAUACGAUCGCCUGUACCGCAGAGCUCCCCAAAGUUCAACAAUAAAAGGAAUCGGCCGUCCAAGCAGUACUUUUCUGGCCGCCCCAACAGAAUCUGUAGUCACACAAAUUGAAAAUACAGUCAACAAAACAGAUCUUGGAUUCGAUAAAAUCAACACAACCUUCUUUGAAGGAGAGGAGCUCGAAAGUCUGAACACAAUUCAACUUGGAUGUGCUAACUGCACUGCGAAAGGCGAGAUGAUAGUGACAACAGGGAAAUUUAAGUUUGACUUUGGCGCGUGGUUUAAGGGGGAAGACGACGAUCCUGUAAAAAGCGGGUUCAUUCAGCUCGAUAUCAAGGGAUUUGAGAUGUCAAUUGGACUGAAGGCUACUCCCUCUGAAAAGUUCAAGAAAGAAUUCACCUUAGCCAGAUCCCCGGCACUCGGUCCCGGGUUCAAUAUCCCUAAAAUCGGUCAUUUUGGCGUUACCAUUUCCUUGGUCGCUUCGAUUGAAAUUACGAUUGAAGGAGCUGUCGAGUUAGGAUUCGGUUUCGACGUGAAAGUACCAGACUCUGUAGCGAAGCUCGAUGCCGCAGAACUACAGGACUCAUAUAUAUCCGGGUUCAACCAAACAGAAGUGUCGCUGAAGCCACUUUCGGCUAACGUAUCCAACCUCGAGUUUAGUAUAGCCGCACGCCUUAGACCCAAGAUCACGGUAGGCCUUUCGUUCCUCGGAGCCAGCCUCGAGGGGGGGCCUUACGUCUCCCUUCCAGAGAUCAAAAUGAAUGUCACGCAACUGGCGACGGAUAAAUUUGGUGCAGACUGUAACACUCAAGGCAAGACGGAUGUCAAAUUCAAGGACGCUUUCAAGAAUCUUACGCAUGUCGACUACGGUAUUGGCCUCGCUGCUGGGUUUGGUGUGCAAGUGGGGCUCCUACCAUUUUCCACGGAGUUAUUGAGUCCAACAUUAACACACACUACGCAGUGUCUUGCAUACCAAACUGCCGGAACACAAACUGGGCUUGUCAUAGCUAAGGACGUUCUUGAAUCUAUGACACAUAAGCCGACCCCAAGUGGUGCUGUAUCUGGAAAGACUUCGAAAGCAGUUCACCAAAUUCCCGAGUUUCAAGGAGGGCCUUUGCUUGCGGUACUUGGUGUUCUAAUAGCUACUAUCACGUUUUUACUGUAGUUUCGUGUCACACUGCCGCGUCACCUAAGUCAGAAGCAUUGUCUAAGAUAAUAGGACUACC